UGCGGUGCAGCAAGAGCCAAGAGCUGGCGGCUGCGGUGGAGCAACUACCUCCGCCCGGGCAUCAAGCGCGGCAACUCCACCGACCAGGAGGAGAAGCUCAUCUUCCACCUCCAGGCUCUCCUCGGCAACAGGUGGGCUGCCAUCGCGUCCUACCUGCUGGAGCAGAGCGGCGGCGACGGGGUGCCCAAGCCGCCGGCGCACAACCGGCCUCAUCAUCCAAGGGGCAGUGGGAGAGGCGGCUGCAGAGUGCAGAGUGCAGAGUGCAGACGGACAUCGACAUGGCGUGCCGCGCGCUUCGCGAGGCCCUGA